UGGUUUUGGUGUUCCGCCGAGUCGAUGAGAAAUAGCCGCCGGAUUCACUCGCAGUCGCAGUUGCUGCGGGUUGCUCCCCACAUUUGUCGACGGUCGCCGGCUCCCCGUGCAACGCGCCGCGCUAACGAUGGCCGAGACGGUGGGCUUCGCGAGCGGCGACGCGGCGGCGUGGCGCGCGGCGCUGGCCGCGUACGACCGCCGUCUCGCGGCCCUGGACAAACCCGACCUCGUGGCAGUGGACUCCUUCUACCGCCACGACCUCCCCGCCCUCCUGCGCUGCCGUGACCCGGACCCCUUCCUCGCCAAGCCCGAGCUGGUGCGCCUCCUCCAGUGGAAGCUCUCACGCGGCAAGUGGAGACCGAGGCUGAUGGAUUUCGUCAAGGGCUUGGACGACGCCGUGGUGGAGACGGCGUCGCGCAAGGCGUUCGCGGCUUUGCCCGACCUCAGAAGGGCCAUCACCGAGCUCACCUUGCUCAAGGGAGUCGGACCUGCCACUGCGUCCGCCGUGCUCGCCGCGUAUGCACCUGAUGUCGCACCGUUCAUGUCUGACGAGGCGAUGCUAGCAGCCUUGGGCAAUGCAAAGGAGUACACUCUGAAGCAGUACCUUUCAUUUGCUGACAAAUUGCAAGCAAAAGCAAAGCUUGAUGCUAUUUGGCUGAUAUUUAUGUUGAUCCUGAAGGAACUGAGCAUAGGAGAAGAAAGUUUCACACCCUCGGAUGUUGAGAGAGCACUGUGGAGCUCAGCAAUUGCAUCCAAGUCACCAGCAAGCGGCAACCCAAAGAGUGAAUCGAAGAUGCAUGGCAAGAGGAAAAGAUGAUUUACACUGCACUUCUUUACUAAGCCUAGAAGGGUUUUACUGACUGCAGGUCUAAGAUUCUUAGUUGAACAUUUUAGUUUUUGUAAUCUUAAUCUGUGGAGUGGAAUCCUUUGGUGGAGCAGAAUGUGAAAUGUGUGUUCUCAUUGACCAAAACACGUCAUUUCCUACAUGCCCACCCGUGACCAUCACUGCAUGAGCUCGGAUGCAUCAUGCAUCAUGCAUGUCCUAAAUGCCUGUGACCAUUUCAUCAAGAAGAUCAAUGCACCAGUUGUUCCCAG